AUGGCGCUUAUCAUCAAGAGCUCAAUCAUCGCUGUUUUCAUGGUUCUUGGAGUCAUAUCUGCCACAUCCAUAUGUUGCCUUGGUGCAAUCGCAGUAGGCACGGAGUCAUAUCUUCCACGUCCAUUUCCUCAUUGCUUCCACACUUGGACCUCACAGUACCCCUGUAAUGCGUAUGGGUGCCACUUGUUAUGCGAGCACAAACACCACAAGAGCGAUAAGGCCUACUGUAAAAGUCAAGGGCCUCCUGGGGUGUGCUGCUGCCCAUAG